ACAUUGCUGUGACAUUGUUUGCAUGUAGUUCAACAGAUAUGUCAUCACGUGACAGCGUGAUUUUUCUUUUGAGACUUUGCCCUUAAGUUCCUUAGUCGCUGAAAGUGAUGCUUCCCCGUCAUCUCCGUAGCUUCGUUGCAGGCCAGCGUGCGCGCUCGUCGCUUGCGCACAGACCAGCUGUAGCGCUGUUCUCGCUGCCCCGGUAUCCUUCAGUCAGCCAUCCUCUGUCACGACCCACAUGCACUCCCGGAUCUCAUUCCUUUCAUUCCUCAUCACGAAGACAUGACGAGCUCCCGAAGUCUCCCUUUCAAACAUUUGUCGAUGUCCUUCGUGAAGAACUCCGGAAGAACAGGGAGCUGCAAGAAAAUGUCAAACAACUUCAGGGCGACGUUGACAAGCUUCAGGAUUCGGAGGCCAUGAAACGGGCGAGGGAGGUGUAUGAGCGUGCAAGAUUGACAUCCAGCAUAAAAGAGAACCCUCGUCUGAGGGCAGCAGCGGAGGAACUGAAGAAGACGGGUGUCAAGGUCGGAGAUGCGGUAUCAGAGGCUUUGAAGACCAUGGAGGAGAGUGAAAUUAUGCGCACAAUUUCGCGAGCAACAUCGUCCCUCUCUAAUACCAUUGCAACUACGACCGAACCCAUCCGUCAGACAGCCGCUUACAAAACUCUUGCAGAGACUCUUGUCGAUGCUCUCGAUGAUUCUGGCUCUGCGAAGCAUGCUGGAUUUGAGGACAAGGAAGCUCGGAGACGGCGUAGGCAAAAACGUCUAGAGAAGGCGGGUCUAAGCGGACGUCGACUAAUGGAGGAGAACACGGAAGCAGGCCAAGCACUGGUCUCCGUCAAAACCUCACCCCGUACGGAGGCCUGGGAGAACUUCAAGUCCACAAACCCUGUUAUGCAGCGCUUAGCCUCACUACAUGUCGCGUACGAAGAGUCAGAGUCGCCCCUCGUUACACCCAUCCGUGCUGUGACGAGUACGAUUGGGUCGUGGUUCGAGGAGAACGAAACAGCACAGGUGACACGGAUGAUCCGUGCGUUGGAUCCCAACUUCUCGAGGGAGGCGUUCGAGAAGGAGCUGAGAGAGUAUAUCGUUCCUGAAGUCGUAGAUGCCUACUUGAGUGCAGAUAGGGAGUCGCUUGUUAGGUGGUGCAGUGAAGCGACGUAUAAUGUUCUGUGGGCAACCAUGGAACAAUAUCUCAAACAGGGUCUCGUGAGCGAUAGCAAAGUGCUUGACAUCCGGUCAGUAGAUGUGUCCGAUGGAAAGAUCCUCGACUCCUCUAUCCCUGUCUUUGUUGUGACAUUCUCAACACAAGAGGUUCUCCUCUUCCGCAACGCAGCCUCGGGUGAGAUCGUCGUCGGCGCUGAAAACCGAGUGGAACAGUGCGUAUAUGCCGCAGUGAUAACGCGCGUUCGCGAGGAAAUGGCAGACGAAGUUACAGCAGGGUGGAAGGUCCUUGAAAUGGCACGCAGGUCCGCCAGGGCGUAUCUAUAGUCGUGUUAUUGGAUACCGGACUCUUAACACACCACGCAUUGAUCAUUGCUUGCUUAAUCACCACUCAUCUCGUCGUAGCAGUAUCUUAUUACUUACAUUGACUAUAGAUCGUUAACUUUAAGUUUAA